GUCCUCGAACGGCAGAAUCUUAUCUCUGAUUGGCUCAGCCUUUAGUGACGCGGAGGGAUGCAGCCGGUUCCCCUUGUGAUAUAAAAGACCGGUAAAGAGAUAACGAGAUACCCAGAGAAACAUCAUCUGGUGACAGAAAGGAGAAGCCAAGGUCAGCAGAGAAGCGGCUGAAGAAAACAAGGUGCUAAAGAUGGCGAGCAAGCCGAAGUACCUCCUGAUUUUUGACUUUGACGAAACGAUCAUUAAUGAGAACAGCGAUGACUCCGUGAUUCAGGCGGCUCCAGGGAAGGAACUUCCGGAAUGGCUGCGUCAGACCUUCCAAGACGGUUUUUAUAACCAGUACAUGCAGAGGGUGUUUCAGUACAUGGCGGAAAAGGGAGUGAGGUUGGUGGACAUUAAAACCGUCUAUGAGAAAAUUCCACUCUCGCCAGGGAUGGCCGACUUGUUUCGGUUCCUGCUCAAGAAUCAAGAUCGAUUUGAGAUUAUCCUGAUUUCCGAUGCCAAUGUCUUCGGCAUCGAGAGCUCCUUGAGAAGUAACGGCUAUUAUUCUCUCUUCCGUCGAGUGAUUAGCAACCCUACGAAUACCGAAAACGGACACCUGAACCUAGGACCCUAUCACUCUCAUAACUGCCCUCAAUGCCCCGCCAACAUGUGCAAGAGGAAGGUGUUGACAGAAUACCUCGCCGAAAGGUCCCAAGGCGGAGUGACGUUCGAGAACGUUUUGUACGUUGGAGAUGGAGCGAAUGAUUUCUGCCCGUCUGUUAUAUUCACUUCCACAGAUGUCGCCUUCCCUCGAAAGAAUUACCCCAUGCACCAGCUGAUCCGGAAGAUGGAAGAGAAGCAGAAAGGAUCUUUCCAGGCCCGCGUAGUCCCGUGGGAUUCGGCUGAUGUGGUUUCUCGUUACCUCCAGGCGCUUCUUAACAAGUCGUAGGGGUUAUGAGGACACUCAACGCCAAGAACGCGGCACCGCAUCUUACGAUCAAUUUUCUCUAUGCAGCUCCUUUUACGUCACACCUUUUUAUCUUCUGGAACGGCGAGCUAUAAGUCUGAAAAUGCAAGACAAAGAAACAAA